AUGGAGCAGAACAACAACGUAGAAGAUUUCUCCUUGAAUGUCUUUUCUGUCACUCCUUAUCAGCCAAACAGAUCUGAUGUCCUGGUGUCAGAUGGGGAUAAAGCCGGCGCCACUUUGCUCUUCUCAGGUGUGUUUUUGGGACUGGUGGGAAUCACUUUCACCGUGAUGGGAUGGAUAAAAUACGAUGGCAUUACACACCUGGAGUGGACUCAGUUACUAGGGCCUAUUCUGCUGUCUGUUGGGGUGACUUUUAUUCUGAUUGCUGUUUGUAAAUUUAACAUGCUUACAUGCAAGCCCUGUAAAGAAAGAGAGGAAAAUAUGUCAGAACUCGACCAGACUGCAAGUGGUCAGUCCUUUGUCUUCACCGGCAUUAAUCAGCCUAUAACUUUUCAUGGUGCCACAGUGGUACAGUACAUCCCUCCACCAUACCCAGCCCAAGAAGGCAUUGCUGUAAGUCCUGGUUACCUUCAUCCAGUGCUCAGCUGCUGCAGUGCUCUUUCCUCCAGCAUCUCACCAAUUCCCACACCAGGCUCUGCUCACUUCUGCCCUGCCUACUCCCUGGACAACCCAGCUUUUACCGGAGAUGAGAACUACAUGACUUAUUAUCCUGCAGAGAAUACCAGGAACCAGAGGUCAGAGAACAGUCCUGAUGAACCAGAAGAGCUGCUGGAAGACUGCAGCUGUAAUGACUUGUCACCUCCACCUUAUGAGGAAAUAUACCCACUGUCUUCCUAG